AAUUGUGCAAGGAACAAGAAAAUUUCACCAACAUCUGACUUCCAAAUUUAAAGAAGAAAUGGUAAAAGGGCUGAUACACUGUUGCAAUGAAGAACAACAACCGUUAAAAUGAAGUCGUUAGUUGCUCGGUGAAGCCUGAGGUGAGAGUGUAAGAGACCAAAGGAAGUACCAACGGACAGAACUAAACAAUUUACGUUAGCAGUAAUUGACAUCAAAGACAGAGAGAGAGAGAGAGAGAGAGAGAGAGAGAAAGCAGACACAGACAGACACAGAAACAAAGAAACCACCACCUAUCAACCUUUAGGAAUUAGGAUCUUCCUCUCCUUCGCGUUAACGCCAAUACCGAGGCAUAUUUUUGCCUUCAUAUUUAUACUUUCCUACUACUUUUUAAUUCUUCCUUCUGUCUUCUUGAGUGCGGACUCUUUUGUUUUCUUUUUUUUUUUGUUGUUGAGAGAAAGGAAGAAGGGAAAGACUAAGAGGUUGUUUAGAGGUGGGGAAAUCCGUGGAAUUCUGGGGUUUGACCAACUUCUCGUGGUGACCCAGGAUUUCAUGGAUUGAGAGAAAAACUAUAAUGGGGAGUUACUUUGAAGAAGAGGACGAUCAAUUCUUUGAUACCCGUGAGGAGAUUUCUUCUGUAUCUGAUAGCAGUUCAGUUUGUUCUGAGGAAUGUGGUUCUAGUCCUGGUUUUGGCCUAGUCAACGGGUUUUGGGAUAGUUUUGAUCAGUACAAGGUUUGGUCUAUGUUCCCAGAAAGUGUUGAUAAGCGUCGUUAUAGAUUCCGAAAAUGGAUGGGGCUAAGUUUAGAUCGGAAUUCAAUUACCAGAGAGGAUCCGGGUGAUUCAUAUAGUGAUGAAAUUGAAUUGGGCAUUGAUAGAAUCUCGCAAGAUAGUGGGGCUGUGUUGAGGACUUCAGGUCUCGAAGAUGGGGUAUCAUCCAACCGGUCUUUUGUAUCUUUUCGGUCUAAUGAUGCUCAGGAACCAGCUGAAAAUUGUUCAAAAGGGGAUUGUUUUGCACAUCAAGAGAAUUUGGAUGGUCAUAUGGAAUUGCUUGUGGUUGAACAGGUCCAAAAUGGAACAAACAGCUGUUUACAAGGAAGGGGUUCAAAUAAAUCUGUUAGUUCUGAAGACUUUGACAGGACCCCUAUGUCAUCUCCUUUUGUUGAGCUGCACUUGCAUAGACAGGUUGAGGGAAGGCCUUCAAUUGAUGUGAAAAGGAAAGUGAAAAAGAGUUGGUUAAGGAAAUUAGGUGCGAUGGCUCAUAUUGUUGAAAGACCUGUUGAAGUUGCAUCAAAGCAUGUUAAUCAUGGCUCAGCUUCAGGGGAAAGGAUGAAAAGAGUCAGGGUUCAUCCAUGUAGCAAGAGUUCCAAGGAGUUGUCUUCCCUAUAUUGUGGGCAAGAUUUUACAGCACAUGAAGGGUCAAUCUUGACGAUGAAGUUUAGUCUGGAUGGGCAAUACUUGGCAACUGCAGGUGAAGAUGGUAUUGUUCGUGUCUGGAAGGUUGUCGAGGAUGAGAGUUUAGACAAAUUGGACAUCCAAGACCUUGAUUCUUCAUGUCUGUACUUCAGAAUGAAUCAUCUUUCUAGGCUGACUCCUCUCAAUGUGGAUAAAGAAAAUAUAGAUAAAAUUAAGAGGUUAAGGAGAUCAUCAGAUUCAACUUGCGUCAUUUUCCCACCAAAGGUCUUCCGAAUUCUGGAGAAGCCUGUGCAUGAAUUUCAGGGGCACAGUGGGGAAGUUUUGGCUCUUUCAUGGUCUAAGAAAGGGUUUCUACUGUCAUCCUCUGUUGACAAGACUGUUCGUUUAUGGCAAGUGGGAUAUGAUAGAUGCUUGAGGGUUUUUUCUCAUAACAAUUAUGUGACUUCUGUUGCCUUCAACCCUGUGAAUGAUAAUUAUUUCAUCAGUGGUUCAAUUGAUGGAAAAGUUCGCAUUUGGGAAGUGCUUCGCUGUCGAGUUAUUGAUUAUACUGACAUAAGGGAUAUAGUCACUGCUGUGUGUUAUCGCCCUGAUGGAAAGGGAGGAAUAGUUGGCUCCAUGACUGGAAACUGCCGCUUUUAUGAUAUCAUAGAUAAUCGACUUCUACUCGAUGCACCAAUAUGCUUACAAGGCAAAAAGAAGCUACCUGGAAAAAGGAUAACUGGCUUUGAGUUCUCUCCUAGUGACCCAAGCAAAGUGAUCAUCACUUCAGCUGACUCACUUGUUCGUGUCUUGUCUGGAAGGGAUGUUGCAUGUAAACUAAAGGCAUCAGGCUUUCGGAUUGCAACAAGUCAGAUUUCUGCAACUUUUAGCCAAGAUGGGAAACAGGUCAUCUCAGCUAGUGAGGAUUCUAAUGUCUACAUCUGGAAUUACACCAAUCAAGAGAAGAACAGUUCCAAAGCGAAGACCAUUUUGUCUCGUGAGAGUUUCCUCUCCCACAAUGCAUCCGUUGCUAUACCUUGGUGUGGCAUGGAAACCAUUCCUGGAAUGCUUAGAUCCCCGGAAUUGGGCAGGGAUGUGCAGAGAAAUGGCCUUGCAAAUGUGCAGAAACAUCACAAUCCAAAGGUGGAGCUGGAUCAAAUAAUGCCCCACUCUUCACCAGAUUGUUUCUCUCUUACACGUGUUCUGUUGGAGUCUUUGACAAGGGGGUCUGCAACUUGGCCCGAAGAGACACUCCCCAAUGCGAGUCCGGCCACGAUUGCAUCUGACAUGUGCAAAUUCGAGUUAAAGGUUUUGAAAAGUGCAUAUCAAAGCAUGUUAAGUUCUCACAAGUGGGGUCUUGUCAUUGUUACUGCAAGCUGGGAUGGACGCAUUCGAACUUACCUCAAUUAUGGGUUACCUAUUCGAUUAUAAGACCCCCCAAAGAUUCAGUUGACUUAGCAUGGCAGUUCCUUUGGCUGUUUGAGCCCCUUAAAGACAGCUAUUCUGAUUGUUGCUUUCUUGCAGCAACCAUAGGUUCAUGUGGUCCUCCCUGCAUGUGGGUUCGGAUCCCACCAUAGAUUUUGAAGUGCAUUGUAGUCCUAUCAAUUAAUGCCAAACGGCAAUGGUUUAUUAAUCUGGGUGAAAUCCAGUCAGGUCCCAACAAGUGUUCGGGGUUUAAUUUUGGUCGUCCUAUAUAGAUGUCAAUUUAUGUAAGUAUAAUUCUUUGAUUUGUUCAGAGGCUGUGAGCUCUAAAAUAUGUGCUAAAUGGGCCCAUUUUCUUUGUGUAUACAAUCAUUUUUCUGCAGAGUGUUGUAGAUUUUUCUAGAUCUUUAUAGUCAGAGACCAUUGCAA